AUGUCAAAGUUGACAAAAUCAGCAGCUUGUUUGAAAACUCCAGAAAAGAGUAGUGGAGUUUGUAGUUUUAUAACUCAUGUGAAUGCCAGGAUUGUCAUAUCAUGGGGACAAAACACUCCCACAACUCCUACAAAGGAACCUGAUGAAAGGUUUCAAGAAGAACAAAAGUACUCCCCUGAAUCCAAAAAUUCGCACACCAACAGUAUAGUGCAACAUGAUAAAGAAAAGUUUAAGGAGAAUCAAACUCCAGAGGCUGAAAGAACGAGCAGUAGCAAUAAUGAUCUAGCGCAUGAGAAUGAAAACUCAAGCAACAAAAUCAGUGAUCAACAGGAGAAUGGAAGCACCAAAGACACAACCACAUCAAAUUCAAAAAAUAAGAAAAAGCAGAAAGGAAAAGUAAGAUCCAAAAAAGCCAUUCAUAGGCUCAAAAGACUUGCUAAUAUUAAUAAAAAUGACUUUGUGGCAAUCUCAGAACCCUUUAAAAACCAUGUUCACGCAGCAAUGUUUGAUAAUAAUGACCAACAAAUUACUUUUGAGAUCACUAAUAAUGCUAAUGAUGAUAUUCUAUAUGUCACUAUUGUGUAUGCUAAAUGUUCUUCCAAUGAAAGGAGGGUUCUAUGGGAUAGCCUCAUAGACAUCUCCAGUAGAAUCAAUGAUCCUUGGUGUGUAGGUGGUGACCGUAACGUUAUCAUGGAAACAGAGGAAAAAUUAGGUGGUAGAACUCACAAAGCUUCCAAGAGUUUUGACUUUAUCAGCUCAAUGGAAGCCUCUGGGUUAACUGACAUCGGUUUUGUAGGUCCAAAAUUCACAUGGUGCAAUAACAGGAGACCAGGAAAGAGGAUCUGGAAGAGAUUGGAUAGAGCUUGUGUUAAUGAUCAUUGGAUCCAACAGUUUCAACAUAACUAUGUCAAAAACUUGGCUAGAACAGGAUCAGACCACAGACCACUUCUGCUGAAGUGUCAUAAUGAUCAACAAGAUGCUAUCAGGUAUUUCAAAUUCCUCAAUCUUUGGACACUGCAAACUGAUUUCAUUUCUAUUGUGCAGGAGGCAGUAGGAAGAAAGCUGAGUCAGUGGUCAAAAGAGAGCUUAGGGUACAUCAAUGAAGAAUUCAAUUCCUGGGAAACUAAGAUUCAACUACUAGAAGAAGUUGACUCACAAAAUAAUACAGAACAUAGCAGGGAGGAACUCAACAAGGCAAAUGUUGAAUAUAUUAAGUGGAUGGGCAUACAUGAUAACAUACUUAGACAAAAGUCACAUAUCAAAUGGUUUCAGGAAGGGGACUAUAACAGUGGGUACUUUCAUAGUGUAAUGAGGGACAAAAGAAGAAGGCUUCAUAUUGCUAGAAUAAGGAAUCACAGAGGAAAUUGGAUCCAGGGAGACGAUAAGAUCAACAAAGCAGCUAUUCAUCAUUUUGAAAUGUUGUUUAACUUGAGAACUCCCCCAGCUGACAACUCUAUUCUUAAUUGCAUUCCUCAACUUAUUACCGAGAAGGAUAAUGAGAUACUGACCAAAAUUCCUGAAGAACAAGAGAUUAAGGAGGCCAUUUUUAACCUUAACUCAGAAAAUUCUGUGGGUCCUAAUGGUUUUAAUGGAACAUUUUUUAAACUUGCUGGAUGUCAUUAA